AAUUAUAAUGUAAGAUGUCUGCAUAUAAUACCAAAAUUUGCUUCUUUUCUAAUUCUUCUUGCUUUUGGUGCUUGAUCUUUCUAUCUUCCCCUCCUUUCUCCUGAAGAUUAAUGUGAGGGGUAAUUCUGUUGAUGACGUUAAUUAUUCAAAUACUGGUUUUUAUUUAAAAUUAUUUUGGGGGGAAUUAGGGAACUAAAUAUUACUUUAGAAGAAAGUCGUGUUAUAAUAGGAUUUCGUGUGGCUUUUGUUUUGUGAGUCUAUAACGAGAUCUUUCUUUCUUUCUUUCUUUCAGGUUCUUUAUUAGCUUGGCUGUUAUUACAGGAGUUUCAGUUUGAACUAUUGCUGGCUUUAAAGGUGGCAAUGAGUGAUAAUCGGUCAGAACUUGGAAGGCCUGCCUCAAGUAAAAGAAGGUUGAAGGAUUUAUUGCUUCAAAAAGAUAAUCGUUUUUGUGCUGAUUGUAAUGCUCCAGAUCCUCAAUGGGCAUCAGCGAAUAUUGGAGUUUUUAUAUGCUUAAAAUGCUGUGGUGUGCACAGAAGUCUUGGUGCUCAUGUAUCAAAGGUUUUGUCCGUGACAUUGGAUGAAUGGUCAGAUGAGGAAAUAAAUGGAAUGGUUGAAGUUGGAGGAAACUCUGCUGCUAAUUCAAUUUAUGAGGCUUAUAUUUCAAAAGGAUCUGUAAAACCUGGACCAGAUGCCAGUCAUGAGCAGCGCAAAAAUUUCAUCCGGUCGAAGUAUGAACGUCAAGAAUUUUUGAAACCCAGUUUGCGCAUUAAGUCGGGAAGAAUGAAUCCCCCAUCAAAUAUUUCCAGAGGGAUUAUGGAUGGGAUUAUGGAUAAUUUUCGAAGUAUUAGCGGUUCGCGUGAGGAAGGAAAGGAAGGAUUUAUUGGAAAUUUGAAGGUAAAAGUGAUCAAAGGCACAGAUUUAGCUAUCAGAGAUAUGAUGACCAGUGAUCCAUAUGUUAUCUUCACACUUGGCCAACAGACUGUUCAGACAACUGUAAUAAAGAGUAAUUUGAAUCCAGUCUGGAAUGAAGAACUUAUGCUGUCUGUUACUCGGCCAUUUGGAUUAUUGAAUUUGAAGGUAUUUGAUUAUGACUUAUUUUCAUCUGAUGAUAUAAUGGGGGAAGCAGACAUUGAUCUUCAUCCCCUGAUUACAUCUGCAAUGGCNUAUGGAGAUCCUAGCAUGUUUGAUGAUAUGCAGAUAGGAAUAUGGAUGAAAUCUCAGGACAAUGCGCUUAUAGAUGAUAGCGAAGUCAAAAUUGUUGGUGGAAAAGUUAAACAGGAGAUAUUAAUCAAGCUCCAGAACGUUGAAUCUGGAGAAUUAGAGUUAGCACUUGAGUGGAUGCCAUUAGAGUCUUGAUCAUUGGGAAACGCUAAUCUAGAACUGAACGAAGCAUUCUUGGAUUUGGAUUGAAAGGAAACAAUUUUGAAUUGAUCAAUAACAGUACGGCGCGUCAGAAAG